CAGACGGCGACCGACACCCCGCGCUGUCGUCACGAGCGUGACGCCGGCUUGCCCGCUAUUUGAGACGCGUCGCGCAGCGGCAAUGCUCAGUCCGUGCCCGCCCAGGCUCACCAUCACAGCGCCCGACCAGACCGACCAACAAGACAUGAAGCUCCUCGGGAAUUGUAUGGCAGUUCCCCGUACUUUGGGAGGCUCCAUUAGGGAGCGAUGCGGUGCCUUCUGGGUGGCCGUUCGCACCGCUCCGGUGUCGUGUUGCGUGCACCAGCUGGCAGCCGCGAUGAGCAGUUGCAAUGGCCCGGAGCGGCGAUUCCGAACAAGUGUCUACAUUCCUGUCGACGACGAUUGGACGGCGACGCGCCAGACCGCCGGCACCGGGGUGGCCAGCCAGGGGCAGCAGCAGCACCACCAGCUGACCGGCUCCAGCCACAGCAGCAGCAGCGGCAGCGUCACCGGUGGAGUGGGGGUUGGCGCGGGCACGGCCUCCUCUGGGGUGGGGGUGGGGGUGCCUGUGCGCACCUCCCCCGACGCCGCCUUCAGCACGCAGGCCGCUCCCGCCGCCGCACACCGCGGGGUCACCAGGUCGCAGAUGAAAGAGUUCCGUGAGGCUUUCCGGCUGUUCGACAAGGACGGAGACGGGAGCAUCACGCAGGACGAGCUGGGCCGUGUCAUGCGCAGCCUGGGACAGUUCGCGCGCGAGGAGGAGCUCCAGCAGAUGCUGCACGAGGUCGACAUUGACGGUGACGGUAACGUCAGCUUUGAAGAGUUCGUUGAAAUUGUCUCUAACAUGGGUGCUACAGCUGAAAGAACUGCAGACCAAGAAGAGAAGGAACUCCGUGAUGCAUUUAGGGUAUUUGAUAAGCACAACAGAGGCUACAUAAGUGCAUCAGAUCUGCGAGCUGUCCUUCAGUGUCUUGGAGAAGACCUCUCUGAAGAAGAAAUUGAAGACAUGAUAAAAGAAGUGGAUGUUGAUGGGGAUGGCCGCAUUGACUUUUAUGAAUUUGUUCAUGCUCUUGGGGAGCCUGGGGAAGAUGAUGAUGCUGAAGAUGAAGAUGAAGAAAAGGAAGAGAUCUCACCCCUACCCUAAAGAAAUGGGAGACAUGACAGCUUAAUAAAUUCUAAUGUUACAAAACAGUUCAAAUAACAAAAUUAAAACAAUUUUCACACUUUCAUACAUUUUGUGCACCUAUUCUAUGAAACAGGUUAAUUAACAUAAAAACAUGAACAUGACAAAAGUGAUUACAAUUGAAGAUAUCACUUCAAAUAUAUGUAGUCAUUCAGUGGAUUAUUAAGUGUACUGCAUUUAAUUUAAUCUAUUACUCAUGAACAUGGAAUAUGAAAAUAUAUCUCAGUACAUUAUAAAUUUCUUAAAAAAUAUGUCAUGUUUGUCUCACUACAUCUCUAUAGUAUUUUACAAACUAACCCUUCCAAAAGUGUGCAUAUCAAUGAAACUACUUUUGAAAGUAUCACCAACAAAUUCAAGAGGAGAACACUAUCUCAGAUAACUUUGGCUUUACACGUGAUUAGUGAUAAAUGAGCUGCACAUCUACAUUGUCAAAUGUAUUAACAGUUGCAGUACAUCUCCCCUACCCUACGCACACUCUCCCAAUUUCUUCUAAAAAAAAUCAAUCAGCUAAUAUUAAUGAUCUGCAGUAUUCAUAUUAAAGUAUUGAAGUGUUUGAAGACACGUUUCUUUUUAAGAAAUUAAUGUCUGUAGUGUGUAACUGCACUUCAUUUCAGUAUCCUACAUAACUUCUGUGACAGUCUGAUCUUCUUGGAGCUGUUAUGUCAGAUGUUAACUCUUCUAUCAUCAAUUUUCACUGUAGCAGAUAAAUUUUGUGUAUAUAGCUUUACUGCCUGUAGUGCAGUUGAUCAGUUAUUUAUUAAUGUUGUUCACAUUCAACAUAUAAUUAUGUCUGAAGAGGUAUAUGACCAAAGUUUAAACAGUAAUGAUUAAAGCAGUUUCUGCAUUUCAAUUUACAUAUCCUGUCUGUAAUUAAAGGAAGUUUUUGACUAUCACCUGGCUGCAUGACACAUAAAUUAUUUGCUCUUUUAAAAGAGAGGGUACUUGUGGCUGUUAUUUGCAAAACAUAUGUAUGGUCUGAAAUUGUGACUAAAAAUAAAAAUAUAUUAUCAAAAGAGA